AUGGUCAACUUCAAGACACCCCCAGGACCUACCGUUCCCACGGCCGUCAAGGCGAGGGAAGAGCUCAAAGCCGGUGAAGGAGUGGAACAUGCUACAUUCGCUUCAGGAUGUUUCUGGGGCACAGAGCAUCUAUUUACCAAGCAUUUCGGCAACAUUCCUAACUUUUCUGCCAUAUCCGGCUACACCGGCGGUCAAUCCGACUCCCCUUCCUAUCGCCAAGUAUGCACCGGCGCCACCGGCCACGCCGAAGCCGUCAACCUCACCUAUCCCACCGGUUCCAUCCCCUACGCCGAACUCGUCGAAUUCUUCUACCGCACCCACGACCCCACUACUGUCGACCGUCAAGGACCUGAUACUGGUUCGCAGUAUAGGAGUGCGAUCUUUUAUAAUAACAAGGAGCAGGAGGAGGUGGCGAGGAAGGUUACGGCGGAGGUGCAGGAGAAGUAUUUGAAAGGCAGACCGAUAGUCACUCAAAUCGCCCCAACUGGGAAAUGGUUCAAGGCCGAGGACUACCACCAACACUACCUGGAUAAUAACCCCGGCGGAUACGAAUGUCCCACUCACCGGUUCUAUUGGUAG